AUGGAAUCGCGGCGAGGUAAUCCGAUGGCGGCGGAGGGAGAAUUUUCCGAGCUAGCUGCAACGAGGAGGAUCCAGCGAUUGUCGUCACACAUUUCCCCAGCCGUAGCGACGCCGUCGGCGCCGUUGCUGCAGACGGAGGCGUGUGUUUCGCGGCCGAAGAAGCUGGAGGUCAAUGGCGAGGCGCUGUCGCUCUACCUGAGAGGGAAACACAUAGAUAUACAGGAGAAAGUGUACAAGUUCUACAAUUCGCGCCCCGAUUUACUGACGCCGAUCGAGAUCUCGAUGGACGAUCAUCGGGAAUUGUGUAUGAGGCAGCUGUAUGCGCUUGUACGAGAAGCUGGGGUUAGGCCGUUUUUGUACGUGGCGGACGAUCCGGAGAAGUAUUUCGCGAUCAUGGAAGCUGUUGGAAGUGUGGAUAUGUCGUUUGGGAUUAAGAUGGGCGUUCAAUACAGUCUUUGGGGAGGCUCUGUGAUCAAUUUGGGAACGAAGAAGCAUAAGGACAAGUAUUUCGAAGGCAUUGAUAAUCUCGACUACACUGGUUGCUUUGCUAUGACUGAGCUCCACCAUGGGUCAAAUGUUCAAGGUCUGCAGACCACAGCCACAUUCGAUCCAAUCAAAGACGAGUUCGUAAUCGACACACCUAAUGAUGGAGCCAUCAAAUGGUGGAUCGGAAACGCUGCAGUUCACGGGAAGUUCGCCACUGUUUUCGCUAGACUCAUCCUUCCGACUCAUGAUUCCAAAGGAGUCUCGGAUAUGGGUGUUCACGCCUUCAUCGUUCCCAUAAGAGAUCUGAAAACCCACCAGACGCUCCCAGGUGUUGAAAUCCAAGACUGUGGACACAAAGUUGGCCUCAACGGAGUCGACAACGGUGCGUUGAGGUUCCGUUCUGUGAGAAUACCCCGUGACAAUCUUCUCAAUCGGUUUGGAGAUGUGUCAAGAGAUGGGAAGUAUACAAGCAGCUUACCAACGAUCAACAAAAGAUUUGCUGCAACACUUGGUGAGCUUGUAGGUGGCCGUGUUGGCCUUGCUUAUGCAUCUGUUGGCGUCCUUAAAGUUUCCGCUACGAUAGCCAUUCGCUAUGCGUUGUUGAGGCAACAGUUUGGUCCUCUGAAGCAGCCUGAGGUCAGUAUUCUUGAUUACCAGUCUCACCAGCACAAGCUCAUGCCGAUGCUUGCCUCGACCUAUGCGUACCAUUUCGCAACUGUGCAUCUCAUAAAGAAGUAUUCAGAGAUGAAGAAGACUCAUGACGAGCAAUUAAUUGCUGAUGUACAUGCGCUCUCUGCUGGACUCAAGUCUUAUGUGACGUCUUACACCAACAAGGCACUCUCCGUCUGCAGAGAAGCUUGUGGAGGACAUGGUUACGCAGCUGUUAACCGGUUUGGAAGCUUGAGGAAUGAUCAUGACAUUUUCCAAACGUUCGAAGGAGACAACACAGUGCUUCUGCAACAGGUGGCUGGUGAUUUGCUGAAGCAAUACAAAGAGAAGUUCCAAGGUGGGACGUUGACAGUUACGUGGAACUACUUGAGAGAGUCGAUGGGUUCUUAUUUGGCUCAGCCAAAUCCUGUCACAGCGCGUUGGGAAGGUGAAGAUCAUCUAAGGAAUCCUAAAUUCCAGCUUGAUGCUUUCAGGUAUCGAACAUCGCGUCUGCUACACAGUGUGGCAAUGAGGUUGAAUAAACACAGCAAGACUCUUGGAAGUUUCGGUGCUUGGAACAGAUGCUUGAAUCAUCUCUUGACACUUGCAGAAUCUCACAUUGAAUCUGUCAUUCUCGCCAAGUUCAUCGAAGCGGUUAAAAACUGUCCGGACCCAAGUGCAAGAGCUGCUCUGAAGCUAAUGUGUGAUCUUUACGCAUUGGACCGAAUCUGGAAAGAUAUAGGAACUUACCGUAACGUGGAUUAUGUGGCGCCUAACAAAGCCAAGGCGAUUCACAAACUGACAGAGUAUUUGAGUUUCCAAGUGAGGAAUGUGGCGAAGGAAUUAGUGGACGCCUUCGACUUACCAGAUGAGGUUACUCGAGCACCAAUUGCUAUGCAGGCUGAUGCUUAUGCACAGUAUACUCAAGUUGUUGGAUUCUAG